AUGUCUCUGUACGAAACUGCCAUCUCAGCAUCUCCAACCGUAUACACAAUCGUCAAAGGAACAAUCGUGGCGUCCACCGGCAUAUCGAUCAUACUGUCGGGAUUGCUUUACUUCAAGCAAUCGUCGCUCAUCUACCCGAGAGAUCAUCCCGAGGGAGCACGAACCGAAGUCCCCACGCCCGAUGACUACAAGAUCGAAUCAUGGGAACGAGUCAAGCUCUUCACUAAGGACGGAGAGACGUUGAACUCGUAUUUCUUGAAGGCCGACAAGCCUGCCGGCGUUACGGUCCUGUACAUGCACGGCAACGCUGGUAACAUCGGUCAUCGUCUACCGCUCGCUAGAGUGUUCUCGGACAAUAUGGGCGCCAACGUGUUUAUGCUGUCGUAUCGAGGCUACGGUCUCUCUACCGGCCGUCCGUCAGAGAAGGGACUCCUGAUAGACGCACAGACGGCACUGGACUACCUCAUCGACCGCCCCGAGGCAGCCCAGACCAAGAUCUUUGUGUACGGGCAGUCACUCGGCGGUGCGCUCGCGAUUCAGGUGGCAGUCAAGAAUCAAGGCAAGGUCUCCGGGUUGAUCCUUGAGAACACCUUCCGCUCCAUGAGAACGCUCAUCCCGAGUGCUUUUCCUCCGGCAAAGUACCUGGCCAGACUAUGCCACCAGAUCUGGCCCAGCGAGACCACCAUACCAUUGAUUGAGAACACACCAACACUGUUCCUGAGCGGACUGAAGGACGAGCUCGUCCCCCCGGACCAUAUGGUAACCCUCUUCAACUCCUGCGUCUCCCCUAAAGUCUGGGAAACGUUCCCCAACGGCUCCCACAACGAUACAUUUACGGAGUUGGGCUACUUCGAGGCGAUAUACCGGUUCAUGAAGAAGAGAUGCCGUGAUUGCAUCCCCUUCAUCGGCACCUACUGCUCCCUCCUCCCCACGUUCUUCCUCCUCGCGAUCAGGCACUAA